AUGGAAGGUAUUGCAAAUAUACGAGUGUAUUAUAACGGUGAGGUUAUACCGAACACAUACGAAGGAGUGACUUUUGUUUGUGAAUGUCCGUUUUCAUUUGCUAUUCCAUAUACCACGAGUUUUGUAGAGUUGCAAAAUGGUCUUUGUGUCAACAUACCAAGUCAUAUUUCGAAAAGGGUGAGCCAUAUUUUGUACAGGAGUCUUGUACAAGUAUUUGGUGGGCUGAUACAGUUUCAAAUAAUGGCCAUCACUGACGAUGCAAGCAUGCAGCACAUGUUCUGUAUUUAUCAACAAACCCGAUUUCAGGUGCCGCUAAUAGAGCUGUACGUUGAGUUUGAACAGCAUACGGGGGUGGACGAGUUUGACGAGGAGGUCAACAUUAACGAGUUCGGGGAUAUAGGCUGGGAAGAAGAUAACGACGACAGUGAAGAGGAGUUCGAAGCCAACUAUGAAGUCGAUGACGAAAACAAUGACGGAGAUCUGGCAGGCAAUCCGACGGUGCCAAAUGAAGCGCAUGAUGUUAUAAGCCAGCAGCCGUUUGGUGUUCCGUCUUUUAUGCGGACUCUUGAUCUCGAAGCCAUGCAUGCACCAGAAUUUCCUGAGUAUGCGAAUAUGGGCAACGCUGCGGCCGAAGAUGGUGAAUUCAGUGUCGGAAUGGAAUUUGGCUCUAGAGAGUCGGUGAUAUCUGCAAUCAAAAGCUACACUAUCUCUAGAGGAGUUGAUUACACUGUGUAUGAGUCUGAGCCGCAGACAUUCUAUGCGAAAUGCAAGGGUUAUGGUGCCGGGUGCGAUUGGCUUAUCCGAGCUAGCUUGAUUCGAAAGAAAGCUUGUUGGGAGAUCAGGAGAUACAAUGGCAAACACACGUGCACCAUGGGAACGAUCUCGCAAGAUCAUGCCAAGUUGGACUCAGACACAAUUACAGAUGCCAUUAGGCCGUUGGUCGAAGCAGAUCCGUCCAUAAAGGUGAAGUCUAUUAUUGCAGAAGUUCAGUCAAAGUUCAACUACACUAUCAGUUACCGCAAGGCUUGGUUGGCAAAGCAGAAAUCUGUCGCAAAAGUUUUUGGUGGUUGGGAGGUUUCUUACCAAACUCUGCCAGUUUGGUUGAAAGCAAUGACUGCAAAGAUGCCAAGGUCUCGUGUUCAAAUAAAGACGCUCCCUGUUUACCGUGAGAGUGAGGAGGUUCAAGGUGUAAGAGUUCUUCAUCGCGUUUUUUGGAGCUUCUAUCCGUGUAUAGUAGCAUUCCGACACUGCAAGCCACUGGUGCAGGUUGAUGGCACACACCUGUACGGAAAAUAUAAAGAUGCGCUUCUAGUUGCUGUUGCACAGGAUGGGAACCAGAACAUUGUGCCUAUUGCGUUUGCAAUAGUCGAGGGUGAGACGGCAGACGCGUGGGAGUUUUUCCUAAGCAACCUGCGGAGAUAUGUUGUACCAUCGAUGGCGUCGGCAUUAUUUCUGACCGCCAUAACUCCAUCGACGCAGCAAUAG